GGUCCCUCACCGAGCGCAGCUUCAGGUUACCAGCUCUUCGUGCUGGGUGAUCUGCUGCUAUUGCAGCUCUGAGGGCUGCUGUUAAACAGCCAAGCUGCAGCUUUUCUAGUCUUUGUCACAACAAACUGUCUUCUUGUUGAACUUCCAGCACUUUAAAUAGGAUGCUGCCUCUUCUGGCGAGGACAUAAGGAGUUUUGGUUCUUUUCCGCUUGAACUUGUCAGCAUGAGAAGUAGGAGCAACUCCGGCGUUAAGCUGGACAACUACGCUCGGGUAGUGCAACAAACUAUCCUGCAGCACCAAGAUCCGGUAACGGGUCUUCUCCCGGGCAGCACCGAUCAGCCGGACGCCUGGGUCAGAGACAACGUCUACAGCAUCGUGUCGGUGUGGGCCCUCAGUUUGGCCUACAGGAAGAACGCAGACAGGGACGAAGACAAGGCCAAGGCCUAUGAGCUGGAACAGAGUGUGGUGAAGCUGAUGAGAGGUGUCCUUCAGUGCAUAAUGAGGCAGCUAGACAAGGUAGAGAAGUUUAAGUACAGCCGAAGUACCUCAGACUCUCUCCACGCCAAGUACAACACCAGGACAUGUGCCCCUGUUGUCGGGGACGAUGAGUGGGGUCACCUGCAGGUCGACGCCACCUCCCUCUUCCUGCUCUUCCUCGCUCAGAUGACCGCGUCUGGUCUGCAUAUUAUCUACACUCAAGAUGAGGUGGAUGUAGUUCAGAAUCUCAUGUUUUACAUUGAGGCAGCUUAUAAAGUAGCUGAUUAUGGGAUGUGGGAAAGAGGGGACAAAACAAACCAGGGCAUCACUGAGAUCAAUGCCAGCUCCAUAGGCACAGCCAAGGCAGCUCUGGAGGCGCUGGAUGAACUCAACCUUUUUGGUGCAAAAGGAGGACCUGGGUCUGUUGUCCACGCGCUGGCAGAUGACAUACAGCACUGCCAGUCCAUCCUAACGUCCAUGUUACCCAGAGCGUCCAACUCUAAAGAGGUGGAUGCUGGAAUCCUGGCCAUCCUCACCUACCCCGCCUUUGCUGUGGAGGACAUGAGCAUCGUCACCAUGACCAAGGAGGAGAUCAUCUCCAAACUGCAGGGUCGCUACGGCUGCUGCAGGUUCCUCAGAGACGGACACAAAACUCCCAAAGAGGAUCCAAACCGGCUGUAUUAUGAGUCUGCAGAGCUGAAGCUGUUUGAGAACAUUGAGUGUGAGUGGCCUCUGUUCUGGACGUACCUCAUCCUGGAUGGGAUCUUCAGCAACAGUCAUGAGCAGGUUCAGGAAUACCAGGAAGCUCUGGAGGGGAUCCUGAUCAAACAGAAAGAUGGGAUCAAACUGCUGCCGGAGCUCUACAGCGUUCCUCCUGAUAAGGUGGAGGAGGAGUACAUGAACCCUCACUCAGUGGAGAGGAUCCCUAUGGGCAAAUGUCCUCUGAAAUGGGGACAGUCUCUAUACAUCCUGGGAAAACUCUUAUCUGAGGGUUUUCUGGCCCCUGGAGAGAUCGACCCUCUUAACCGCCGUUUCUCCACCAUCCCUAAACCUGAUGUGGUCGUUCAGGUGUCGGUUCUGGCUGAGACGGAAGAGAUUAAGGAUCUGCUGAUGAAGAACGGCAUAGACGUGGAGACUGUGGCUGAUAUCCAUCCCCUCCACGUGCAGCCCUCCAGAGUCCUCAGCCAUAUCUACGCCAGGCUCGGUCGCAACCCGAGGCUCGGGCUGACGGGGCGGCCCUACAGGAGGAUCGGAGUGCUGGGGACUUCCAAGUUCUACAUCAUCAGAAACACCAUCUUUGCUUUCACACCUCAGUUCAUAGACCACCAGCAGUUCUACCUGGCGCUAGACAACAAAAUGAUAGUAGAGAUGCUGAGGACUGAAAUCGCCUACCUCUCAUCCAGAUGGAGGAUAACCGGACGACCUACCGUCACGUUCCCCAUUUCACAGAGCAUGCUGACUGAAGAUCACACAGACCUGGACCCCGCAGUCUUGGCAACACUGAAGAAGCUGCAGGAUGGAUAUUUUGGAGGAGCAAGGACCCAGACGGGAAAGCUGUCGGAGUUCCUGACCACCUCCUGCUGUGCACACCUCAGCUUCCUGGAUGGUAAGGGUUCUCGCGGCAUGGGCCAGCACUACGAGGAGAAUGAUGCUGAUGAUGACGGCGAUGGAUACGUGCAUGAGUUACGUUGUGAUGAUGAGGCUGAUGACCUCGCUCAGUACCUGGACCACCUCCUGGCCCACUCUGCUCCUAAGAAGACCAAGCAUCAAGUUGGAGGUCUGGGCAGAUUCAAGGCCGUGGCCACCAAAACCAAGGAGAUGGUUUCUCUGAUGAACAAAGCUCAAGAUCUCAACAUCCACAAUGUCAACAUGUAUCUACCCAGCAAGCUGUUUCGCUCUCGUCAGCCGUCACUCAACCUGAACCUGCCAGAAACCUCUACGUCACAAGAAGCUCAGAGCUACGAUGUGUCCAUGGCGUUUGAGAGUGGCAUCCCAACAGACGCCAGUGGAGCCAUCGACUACAAGGCUUUGGUCCAGCUGCUGAGGGACACCAAGAACCUCCAGGACCAGGCUGAUAUUCUCUACAUCCUCUUCAAAGACAAAGGCAUGGAGUGGGACACUCAGCUGUACGGUAAAGGCUCCACGGUCAGAUCCCUGCUGGCUGAUCUUUACGAGAAGGCAGGUGACCUCAAACACUGGGGGCUCAUCAGGAUGAUCUCUGGCAUGUUGAAGAAGAAAGUGGAGGAGCUGGACUCGGCCUGCUCGGACCUGCUGGCGCAUCAGAAGCACCUGACGGUGGGCCUUCCCCCAGAACCCAGAGAGAAGACCAUCACGGCUCCAAUCCCUCCAGACCAGCUGUCCGCUCUCAUCGAUGAAGCCAGCGACAACAACAUCAGCGUAGCCAUCCUCACCCAGGAGAUCAUGGUGUACCUGGCAAUGAGCAUCAGGACUCAGCCCGGCCUGUUCAGUGAGAUGUUUAGGUUGAGGAUCGGCCUCAUCAUCCAGGUCAUGGCUACAGAGCUGGCUCAGUCACUCAACUGCUCAGGAGAGGAGGCCACCGAGAGUCUGAUGAGUCUCAGCCCGUCGGAGCUAAAGAACCUGCUGCACCACAUCCUGAGUGGGAAGGAGUUUGUAGUCCAGCGCAGCGUCAGAGACGGGGAUGCUGGCGUCAGCCCCGCCAUCUCCAUCCAUCACCUGGGCAACGUGGGCGCCACUAAGAGCGAGAGGGCCGGCAUCAGCAAACUGAAGAGCGACAUGAAGCUGCUGGAGCACAGGCUGUCUGUGGUGGAUUUGAGUAAGCUCGAUCCGUAUUCAACAACCUCCCUUAAGGGAGUGCGAGCUCAGUCACUGGACGUAGAAAGCAUCGACAUCGGGAGGUACAGACUUCCAUCUGUGGAAUCCAUCGAUCUUCCUGACAGCAUUCCGGUUACCAAGGAUAGCAGACAUGGACAAUGGCUGCGCAGAAGGCGACUGGAUGGGGCACUGAAUCGGGUUCCAGUUGGCUUCUACCAGAAAGUGUGGAAGAUCCUUCAGAAGUGCCACGGUUUGUCCAUAGAGGGUUUUGUCCUCCCAUCUUCAACCACCAGAGAGAUGACCCCCGGGGAGAUAAAGUUCUCUGUCCACGUGGAGACUGUUCUGAACCGAGUCCCUCAGCCUGAGUACCGACAGCUGCUGGUGGAGGCCAUCCUGGUCCUCACCAUGCUGGCUGACGUGGACAUCCCCAGCAUCGGCUCCAUCAUUCACGUGGAGAAGAUCGUCCAACAGGCCAAUGACAUGUUCUACAAGGAUCAGAAGGACCUGGGAGCUGAAGAUCACAUCCUGGAAAAGGACCCGUCCACAGGAGUGUGCAAGCUGUUGUAUGACAGCGCCCCCAGUGGUCGCUUUGGGAGCAUGACUUAUCUCACCAAGGCUGUGGCGGUGUACGUGCAGGACUUCCUGCCCAGCGGGGCGUGUGCAGUGCAGUGAGAGAACAGAAACACGCCACUUAUUUUUUACUAAAGUACAAAUAAAUGAGCUAAACUGGAAGUGGUCAUCUCUAACUACACAGAGAUGUUACUUUAUUUGAUGUGCAUUUUUUUGUGUGUAAAUUAACAUUUCAAAGAAGCAUUUAUCCACACAAAAUCCUUGUCUCCAUGGCAACAUAUUUUUUUUGCUGUUUUCUUAAAACAUCGAGUUGCUGCUGCAUUUGUUGUCUUAGAAGCGACUGAUGUGGUGUACUUUUCUCAGUGACGAUAUGAAAUAACUAAAGAACGAUCACAACUAUAGACACAGUCAAGAUGAAAUUAAGGUAUUAUCCUUUCUGUGUAACAUCAUUUAUGUAGAAAUCAUAAAUGAUGCAGGAAAUAACAUGUAAAUAUAAUUUGGCAGCUGUAGCCUUUUAACUUUCUGAAGGGAUCUCUGCAGGUAGAUUUCUGUUAAAAUCAGUAUUUAUCAAAUCUGUGUAAGAUUCCUCUUUGAACAGCCUCGGUUUGGAGAAAUGGGGGCUAAUUACAACCAGAAUGACAAACUAAAAACUAAUCCACACAGGAUUCAGUUAGAACUAACUCCUCGUUCUCUAAACUGAGAUUGUACAAAGAAAAGAUCAGCAACCGUUAAAAUAUGAAUUUUACAUCUCACACAGUCCUAUGCUGAAGUUACUUUUAGUUUUCUGGUGAGAAAAAUGUAUUCCUGACUUAGUUUUUUUAAAAUAAAGUGGCAAAGAUUCACAUCUAUCAAUGCUUCAAUGUUUUACUUUAACAAUAAAAUGUAUUUAUUAGUAUUAGACUAAAUGAAUGUAACUGGUUUAAUCCACAAACAUUGAUCAUAUUGAAAUGUAGGAAUGUUAUGAGGAAUUAGUGCUCCCCCUAGUGGCUGGCUGCAGUCUUGGUUUAAGGCUCUGCUUUUAUUUUCCUAACUACAAAAUAAAAAACACUGCUAAUAACGUU